AUGCAUAUUUUGACACCAUUGUUACCGACAGAGAAGGAGGUCAUAUGGGAGAAAAUCAAUCACAAAUCCGACCUUUUUAUAGAGGAGGAGGAAGAGGAUAAGAUCAACCAAGGCAAUGAUAACUAUUCACUGGAUACAGUGGCAUACUUAAAUCAUAUAAAGGAGGAAAACUGUAAAUUUUUAGCUCAAUCUAACCAAAUAAUCUCUCAAUUAGACACGUUAUUAGCUAUCCACUCGUCUGUUACUAGUCAAACUCAGGAUUUCCAAUCAGAAUCAAACACUCUAAUUGACAAUCUACAUUUUCUACAAGAGUUGUAUUCAUCACUAGUGGAUAAAUUUAAACUCUUUAAUAAUCUAGAUUCUAUAGUGAAAAAGCUAAAUACGGCGAACAAUUCCAAGUUAGUUCUCAAACCCUCCUUCUCCCAAUUAUUGCAAGAUUUGGACACUUCGAUUGAGUUCAUCAAUGAUCCUCAACAUGCAAACUAUAAAGAUAUAUCAGUGUACAAAUCUCGUUUUAACCAGUGUCUGGUCCGAGCGUUGUCACUAAUUAGAAACUAUAUUACUUCUUACAUACGCUCAAUAGAAUCAAAGAAUAAAGAGCAAUUGGUAAACGCCAAGCCUAUCACUAUAGACGCAAUUAUAAAUGUCAACUUUGUAAACGAUCUUUCACAUAUCACAAACUUAUUUACUCAAUUGUACAUUCGCUCAACUGAUCACGCGUCGUUAUUAGAAGAUGUCUACAACCAGUAUUUCCACUCUCGUCAAUCUUUACUCUCUCAAUUUAUUAUUAAUCCUCACAUUGAUUCAGUCAGUUUUAAUGAAGAUCUCUUGACCCUUUCGACGACUCAAAUAAAAUACUUUUCCAAGUUGGUCGAUAAAGAGUUUGAAAUUUUCAAAUCAAUAUUUUUCUCUCCGUUGAUAGAUAAUUCAAUCAACGCAACAGUAUUACAGCCACAUUUGGAAUCUUUGCUUGACCCACUAUAUUAUCUACUUAGAAAUAAAAUCUUACGUGAAUCCUCAAUCGAUAAGUUGUCUCAAUUAAUUACCUUUUUGAUCGAUGAACCUCCUAUUUUCUUGCCAAUUUUACAAGAUGCACAAUCUCGUUUACUAUUUCAACUGCAGAAAAACGAACCAAAACCUUACUCUCGUACGGGCAAAGAACUGAUCAUCACUUCAAAUUCGAAUAAAAAUAAAAUAUAUCCUCCAAUUGAAACAUCAAUAUCUGUAUUAGAGACAGUCAAUGGUUUAUUACCGAAACCUGUGUUUGACGAUAUAACUGCUUCUUUUAUUGAUGCUAUUCUUAAAAGUUUUCCACAUGCUAGUCCGUCAGAUUUGCAAUGGUCACUAUAUAUACUUCAUUCACUACUUGAAUUACAAAAACAUGUUAAUUCAUGGGAAAUUCUAUAUCUAAAUAGGGAUACUCAAAUAGAGUGGCAUGUCACACGACCAUGGUCAGUAAAACAUGAGUUUAAUGAUUGUCGGUUGAAAUUACAGCUGAAAAUAGAUGAACUAAUUCAAUCUUUUGCGCAGCAAGUCGACGAUAAUGAUGUUAGACGUACUUGGACGCUGUGCAAAGAGUCAGUAGGCAGUGACCAUGCAGCAAAACUGAUGGAUUUUAUAGCGAAAGUUAAAGGCUCGGAUUGGAGAGAUGAAAUGAUGCACAUAUUACAGACUGAAAAUGAAACCGAUGCUGAAAAUGUUGAUGAGGAAAUUGAAGUAUCUGAUUUAGAUGAUUAG